GAGAAAAUUAUGACAUUUGUGAAGAACGAGCUGAAGAUGUUCAAGAGGAUUCUUAGUCCAGAACUCCCAGAAGGCUUUGAGAGUCAGAAGCAGGAUAAGGAAGUGGUGGAUGCUGAAGAUGAGAAGCAGGAGAGCAGUGCCAGAGAGGGGGCUCUGAAGAUCACACUGCACGUCCUGAGGAAAAUGAACCAGAAGGAGCUUGCUGACUCACUGGAGAAAUAUGAUCCUGCUGUGAUUUGCCAACGUGAACUCAAAUCUAAUCUAAAGAAGAAGUUUCAAUGUGUAUUUGAGGGGAUCGCUAAACAAGGAAACCCAACACUUCUCAAUAAGAUCUACACAGAGCUCUACAUCACAGAGGGUGGAACAGGAGAGGUCAAUAAUGAACAUGAGCUGAGACAGAUUGAGACAACAACCAGGAAACAAGCAAGACCAGAGACUGCAAUCAAAUGUAACGACAUCUUCAACCCCUUAACUGGACAAGACAAACCUAUCAGAACUGUGCUGACAAAGGGAGUCGCUGGCAUUGGAAAAACAGUCUCUGUGCAGAAGUUUAUUCUGGACUGGGCUGAAGGAAAAGCAAAUCAGGAUGUCCAAUUUGUAUUUUCAUUCCCUUUCCGGGAGCUGAAUUUGAUGAAAGAGGACAAACACACUUUCAUUGAACUUCUUAAUCACUUCUCAAUGGAAACCAAACAAUCAGGAAUCUCCAACUAUGACAAGUACAAAGUUCUGUUCAUCUUUGAUGGUCUGGAUGAGUGCCGACUGCCCCUAGACUUCCAGAAGAACAAGAUCUGUUGUGACGUCACAGAGUCAACCUCAGUGGAUGUUCUGCUGACAAAUCUCAUCAGGGGAAAUCUGCUUCCCUCUGCUCUCCUCUGGAUAACUACCCGACCUGCAGCAGCCAAUAAGAUCCCUUCAGGGUGUGUUGACCAGGUGACAGAGGUACGAGGGUUCAAUGACCCACAGAAGGAGGAGUACUUCAGGAAGAGAUUCAGUGAUGAGGACCUGGCCAGCAGAAUCAUCUCACACAUAAAGACAUCAAGGAGCCUCCACACCAUGUGCCACAUUCCAGUCUUCUGUUGGAUUUCUGCAAUAGUCCUUGAAUACAUGCUGAAACAUAAGAGAGAAGAGAUGCCCAAAACUCUGACUGAGAUGUACACACACCUUGUGGUGUUUCAUACCAAACAGAAGAAUGAAAAGUAUCUUGGGAAAGAAGAGACAGGUCCAAACUGGAAUAAAGAGAGCAUUCUGUCACUGGGAAAACUGGCUUUUCAACAGCUUGUGAAUGGCAAUCUGAUUUUCUAUGAAGAAGACCUGAAAGAGGCUGGCAUUGAUGUCAAUGAAGCCUCAGUGUACUCAGGAUUGUGCACACAGCUCUUUAAAGAGGAAUGUGGGCUGUACCAGGACAAGGUGUACUGCUUUGUUCAUCUGAGCAUUCAGGAGUUUCUGGCUGCUGUAUAUGUGUUCUUCUCAUUCAUCAACAACAAUGAGAAUCUAAUGGCCGAACCGCAAUCAACGUCCAGGAACCUUUCUGCGCUGUUCAGAGACAAGUCUAAAGUUACUGUCUACAAGAGUGCUGUGGAUAAAGCCUUACAAAGUGAGAUGGGAAACCUGGACCUUUUCCUCCGCUUCCUUCUGGGCCUCUCACUGGAGUCCAAUCAGAAGCACUUACAAGGUCUACUGACAAAGACAAGAAGCAGCUCACGGAGCCAUGAAGAAACAGUGAAGUACAUCAAGAAGAAGAUCAGAAAGAAUCCCUCUCCAGAGAGGAGCAUCAAUCUGUUCCACUGUCUGAAUGAACUGAAUGACCAUUCUCUAGUGAAGGAGAUCCAAAGCUACCUGAGCUCAGGAAGUCUCUCAAAACCCAAACUGUCACCUGCACAGUGGUCAGCUCUGGUCUUUGUGUUGCUGACUUCAGAAAAGGAGCUGGAUGUGUUUGACCUGAAGAAAUACUCCAGAUCAGAGAAAGGUCUUCUGAGGCUGCUGCCAGUGGUCAAAGCCUCCAGAGCUGUUCUGCUGUCAGGCUGUGGAGUCACAGAGGAAGGCUGUGCUUCUCUGGUCUCAGUUCUCAGUUCAAACGCCUCACACCUGAGAGAGCUGGACCUGAGUAACAAUGACCUGAAGGAUUCAGGAGUGAAGCUGCUCUCUGCUGGACUGGGGAAUCCCCACUGUAAA